AUGGACCCCUACUUCAGUUCUGCAGUGUUCCUGAUCCUUUCUUGUUGGCUUUGGAAUGCAGAAUGUCGAGAUUAUAACUUGGUCCUCAGAGUGCCAAAUGGAGGACAGUGGGGAGAAUGGGGGAAAAUGACCAUAUGUUCAAAAGGCUAUGCAAAUGGAUUCUCCUUGAAGGUUCAUUCACCUCAAGGUACUAUUUUAGAUGACACAUCUCUUAAUGGUAUCCGUCUUUAUUGUACAGAGGGUGAAGUGAUUCAAUCUGCUACUGGAAUGUUUGGAGUUUGGGGAGAUGUUGAGAAGUGUUCCGAGGGCAAUUUAAUGUCCUUUGCUCUCCAGGUGGAAGCCCCUCAAGGACCCAGUGAUGACACAGCAGCGAAUAAUAUUAAGUUCACUUGCCAAAGUAAGCAAGUGUUGAAGGGUUCUUCAAAUAAUUGGGGUACUUAUGGUCCAUGGAGUGAUUUCUGCAAAGUUGGGGCCAUAUGUGGUAUCCAGACCAAGAUUGAGCCUUUGAGUACUUUACCUGUUUCUGAUAACACAGGGCUUAAUGAUGUGCAGUUUGUCUGUUGUGAUUGA